UAAUGGGGUGGAAAGCGCACGCACAAGAUUGAAUAUGAAAAACUCUACAGACUUUAUGUUGAACGAACAGUAUUUAUAUAUAUAUGGUGGAUUAAAUUUUAUCAAUCAGUGACUAAUAUUAUUCAUCAAAAUGUUGACGCAUGGCUGAAAUUUGUGUGUCGUUGCUUUUUUACGUUAAAUAAACGUUAGAAAAAUGUCAGGCGAAAUAGAAAUGUUAGAAAUAAGUAAAUAUAUUUCGUCGAAAUUAUGGUAUACAUCUCUUAUCAUUUCCCAAGAAAAUAAUAAAUAUAAACAUCUUCUGCCUCAGUGUAAUAAUGACACUGUGGAUUUCAUUGAGCCCAGAACUUUAAUUACAAAUUUAAUCCACACGCAGAAUGAAAAUGAACAUCAAUGGAUUAUUUACACAUUAUUACAGAGACUUAUUGACAAUACUACUUUAGAUAUUAAAUGUAUUGAAAAGCAACAAAGUUACAUACAACGAUUACAUGCUUUGUCUUUAUGCAAAAAUUUAACAAAACAUUCACAACAGGAAUUAUUAAUGUUAUUAAAAUAUGACUUAGAGCAACAGAGUUUAAAAGUUUUUAAGGAAAAUGAUAACGAAUAUUUCAUGCUUUUGAAGCAAAAUAUAUGUAAUAAUCCAAUUAUUGUAUGUUGGAUCUUCAAUGAAUUAAUAUUAAUCUAUUCUAACACAUCAAGUGACAUUGUUUAUACCUUACAAGAUUUAUAUUUUUCUCUUAUAAAAGAAUUGUUAGAAUUAAAAUUAUUUAAACAAAAUGCUUUUGGAUGUGUAUUGUGUAUUAUAUCAAAAAUGAAUAUAAUCAAGCUUGAUAUGGAUUUAUUAUCCACGUUGCUUUUUCCUGCAUUAUUGAAAACAUGUAAUAUUCAAGAUAUUGAAUCUGCAUUAUAUUCAAGGACAAACAAAACAUUUUUUAACAAGUGGUGUAUCUUCCUUAAUGAAACUUAUGCACAGUCCAAAGUUGUUAACAAUUUAAAUAAUGCAUUGAAAAUUCAAGAACAAUUAUUUCAUUUUAUUAGUUCAUCUAGUCCACUUAUAAAUAAAAGUAAACUUAUAGAAAGAGUGGCUAAUAUGAAACUACACUGGGUUAUAGAUAUUUUGGAUAUUUGUUAUAUUUUAAUAACAUAUGGAAAAUAUGAUGACAUUUCAUCCAUACUGUCCUGUAAAUUAAUAAAUAUUUUUUGGCCUGUUUUGCUAUUCAAAGUUCUAAAUGAAUAUUCACAGAAAGAAAUCCCUUUGAAUGGGAAUGAAGAAAAUUAUGAAUCUGUAUUUAAUUCAAUUAAUUUUUUAACAUUAAAAUAUGAUUUCAAUGCAUUAUGUGAUUCUUCACUAAAUGAAUUGAAAAUUACUUUGAAAAAAGAUAUAAAAAUUUUACAAUAUAUCUUGAAUUGGAUGAAAGAAAAUAUUGACAUAAAAGAUUCUAAUCAAGUUCAGGAAAUAACAGAAUUGAUUGACUUUCAACAAAAAGGUUCUAUUAAGUGGAUAUUCAACCUUCUACAAUAUUUUAGUACCCUAUCAGUGUUGAAAAUGACUACAAAUAUACAUGAAGAUCACGAUAAAAUUACAACUUUAUUAGAAGAUCUUUCUGAAUCUAAAAAUAUUUUUUAUGCAUACUGCAGUAUAUUAAAUGCUCUAAAAGCUAUUUUAUUAUGUGAUACUUAUAAUUUAAGUCAAUCUACUAUUGCAAAUUACUUUUCUAACAUGCAACAUUAUGUACAAAUGUUACAUCCACUUAGUUUGCGCAUUCAAGUAAUAGAAAAUAUAUUUUGUUUACUUUUUUUACAACAUAAAGAUUUUGAUCAUAUUCCAAAGAGUAAUGAGAAGAACAAUAUAAGUGUUUUUCCUGAACAAUCAAAAUUUGAAAAUAAAUGGAUAAGACAACCUUUAGAAACCUUUGUUUGUAAUAAAUAUGCAGUAAGAGAUGUACUAUUUCAUUUGAAAAAUAUUAUAUCAGCUACAGAAACUGAAUAUACAAAAAUGAAAGAAGAAAAUGAAUGUACAAACGAAAUAGAUCAGAUUCAAAAACAUAUUUCUUUCAUUAAUCUAGCAGUAACUGAUGCAAAAUGGAGAUUGGAACUUUAUACAAAUGCACAGUUCACUGAAAACACUGAUAUUGAAGAAACAGAUAAAAGUUUUACAAAUAAAUCUGAAACCAAACUUUUGUCAGAAAGAAAGUUAAAUCAUCUUAAAGAAAAUAUACUUUUUUAUCAAGAAAACAGUAUCACAGAUGACACAAAAGUCAAGUCUAAUAGCAGUUCUGAAUCGGAACCAAUACACACUAAUACUAAGCGGCGAAAGCGUUCUAAAAACACAGCAACAACUAUAGAUAAUAUAGUAAUAAAAGAUAUUAAUCGUAAACCAUUGUUCAUAAAUUGUUUAUUGGCUACCAAAGAAAGCCUCAUUAUACGAUGUUUGUGGAUGAAUAAUUACGUAAAAGCCCAAAACAUUAUAGAGACAUCUGAUAUAAAAGGUACUCAAUUAAAUGGAGAAGUAGAAUUUUCAAAAGCAUUACAUACAUUUAAAAGGAAUUUAAAUAAAGAAGACCAUACAUUAAAUGACAAAACCCACUCUACAGAAACUCUACAACCUUCCAUGUUAGAGAAUAUAAGAUUGGUUAUGCAAGAAGGUAUACAGUCAUUUAGACACACUAGCCAACUUGAAACCUUUUUGGCAUCUCAAGAAAUUAAUUUGCGAAUGUUGAGUAUAGGAAUUCUUAGCAACAAUGAAAUAUUAACAUUAUGUGCAUUAGAUGUGGCAUUAACUAUGAGUCAAAUCUAUCUUAUUUCAUACAAUCUGUGUGAAGUUGCAAUGAAAUAUUUAAAAUUAUGUAAAACACUUGACAAUACAGAAUAUGCACAUUUCUUUUUUACACUUCAUCAGUUACUAUCUGAAAAUAAUGAAGAAUUAUCUAUAGAAAAUAUAUUAUGCGAUGCAAAAAACGCAUUAUCUGUAAAGGAAUACAAAAAAAGAGAUGAUUUUUGGAAUGAAAUUAUGAAUAAACACCUCGAAUUCAAAAAAUCGCAGGCAAACAAAAACACAAUCAAUAAAAUUUUGAAAGAUAGUAAUUAUUUGCCCGGUUUAAAGGUGCUUAGCAAGGUAGCUGCUAUUUCUUGUGGAACUAAGAAAUACAUGCAAAAUGUAUGUUCUCAUUUGCAACUCUUGCACUCGAUCGUUCCUACUGAACAUACUAUACUUACAGUUUCUGAUUUAUUAAAAGUUCCAUUACAUUAUUGUUUUGGUUAUCAAAUAUUUGAACUUAAAAUUGAACCACAUAAACUUGAACCAAUUGCUCACAAUUUACAAGUUAAUUUAGCCCAUAGUAUUCUUACAAAUGUUUAUCCUAAAUUCUUUUAUGAGAAAGAUGUAAAUUAUAUUAAUAUUAGAAAAGAAAAUGGAUGUAUUAUUUUAAAUAAAGCUACAUAUGAUUCGGAUGUAAGUUAUAAAAUUCAAGGACCAAAUCAGUGUGUUUCGGAAAUAUUAACCGAGUUUUUACAAAUUUUGUAUAAUUUAAAUUUAGGUCAGUCUCACUUGAGUCACGACAUUUGUAGAACUAUUUCUAAGCAUCCUGAUAUUCAAAAUGUGUUAAAAAAGACAUCUCGUCUUGUGAGUUUGGACCUAAGUGAAUUAUCUGUAGAAGAUGACACACUUACUUUCCUUUUAAAUACAUGGAAUCUAAUGUAUCUACAUGCUACUUUAACUGUCUGGGCAAAUUAUCCUCCUUUCAAUAGUUUGCAGCAUGCUAUUUCGUUGAUGUCUAUUGGUUACUUAAUCGGUGAUUUAGGCCUUGUAACCCUUGCUGCACUUAGAUCAAAGUUAUUAGACAAUAUUAUAUUGGAUAAGAACCUUUUUAUACCAGUUGAAGAACUUAAUGAACAAGCAUGGCAAGAUUUGGAUAUUACAUACAAUAGUGUUCAUCCAACAGUGUUUUUUAUGAUGGCUAAUGAGUUUUAUGGAACACCUUGUAUCAAAGUAUGUAAGGCCGAAUCAUUAAACAAGGAUUUAAUUAGUGCUUUCCACGAAUAUCUUGAUUAUUAUUCAUUAAGAUCUGAGAAAUCUAUACAGAACAUAGAAACUCAAAUAACAAUUCUAUUACCUGAAAUUGUAAAACGGUAUCAAAAUUUUAUAGCUCAAAAUCAGAAAAGUGAUUUGCAGGAUGGUAGUAAUAACGACAACUUGUUUUCAAUAAAUAAUUAUUUUAAAUCUGAUAAAGACAUACUUGUGCAAUAUAUGCCAUCUUCCUAUUCGUAUAGUAUACUAUUGAAUUAUUUAAAUGGUCCUAUUAUACAUCCUCAGAAGCAAACUAAUCAAUAUAAGGCUGUUUGGAAAACUCAUACUAUAAGGCCAAGUUUAUUACAAUAUUUGGAAAGUCAAUGUUGGAUCAUUUCCUAUCUUUUACAAAGGAUACAAAAUGAAAAUCCAACUAUUUUAGAAAACAGUUGUGAUAAUUUGAAACGCACUGCAUGUCUUGAAAAUCUCUUGGGUUCAUCUUGGAUCGAAGAAAUGAAAUCAUUAUUUGAAAAUAAUCCAACUCUCACAGCCAUUCUUGAAAUAAUAUCAACAAAGCGAUUGUGGUCCCAUUUUGAAUCUAUGUUAAAUGAAAAUAAAUGGAAUGCUUGUUUAAAACUUGUAAAUGCUUUGCCAAGUCAUUUGACUCUAAGUACAGAGUUGCAAUAUUUUAAAGAUAAAGUUAUUGGUUAUAUCGUUUCCAAAAAAAGUAGCACAUCAGAUGUGGGAACAUUACAAUGUUUGUACCAAAUUAAAGAUGUGUAUGCAUUAAGUCAAACAGUAUUGUAUAAUAUCAAUAAGUGGCAUAUAACAGUUUGUGAACAAGCUUUGCUUUAUGCAGUGUAUCAUAUAGAUAAUGAUAAAUUACCUGCACACUGUAAACUUCAAUUGAAUGAAAUUUUAAACAGAGUACUUAUUUUUCAUAAAAUGCUUCCAUACUGUGAAACUCAAUCUGAUGAAAGUUGGUAUGACAUUGUUUACUGUACAGACAAAAUUGAUCCAUUGCAUAUUAUCAAAUCACUAAUGAAUGCAGACAAAUUUGAAUUGUGCUUAGAAUGGAUGGAAUGUCAAGCAUUUUCUUUAGAGUUGCAUCCUAUUAUGACGGAAGAGUUUUUAAUUGGUCUUUUAAAAAGUGAAUCUCAAAAUUUUAAACAAACUUUGAAGUUUCUUCAAACAUUACCUUUGGAUCAAUCAAUUAAACUAUGCAAGAUCAUACUAAAAAAGUUAGAAUCCAUUGAUUCACUGCAGUUUAUUUGUAACUAUUUAUUACAAUAUUGUAAAGCAACAGAAACUAUAAAAUAUCGAAGAACUUUAUUAGGAAUUGAUAUUUUAAGUGUGUUAGAAGUUCAAGAGAGGCCACUAUACAUUCAUCUUAUAAAAGAACCAUUGUUAAUGUUAGAACAAUUACUCAUGAAUUGUAAAUUCGAAAAUAUUCAAAAAAUAUUAAACAAAAUUCAAAAUAAAUUAGAACAAGUAAAUAUUUCAAGAAAUAACUUUGACGAGAUUAUAAGAUUUUAUGCUAAAAAAUCGCUAGAUUGUCGUGUUUCUUUACAAUGUGACAUAGUUGAAACCAGAUCAAGAAAUGUACAAUGUUCUGCUUCAGAAUCUGAAAAUACUGAAUUUGUUAUGCCUCUAUUAGUUCCUACCAAAGAAGAAUGGGUACCUAAUGAUAAGGCCAGAAAAUGCAGUUGCUGCAAAAACGUUAUAUUUUCAAUGUUUAACAGAAGACAUCACUGUCGAAGAUGCGGUCGUGUUAUUUGUGCAACAUGUUCCCAACAUCGUAUGCAAAUUUCCGGUUAUCCACCUUCUGUACUUGUACGUGUUUGUGACGAUUGUAAACGGCAAACUGCUCUACAAGCACAUGUUCUUCAAGGAACAUCAUCCACUCCAAAUAGCGAGGUAUUUGAUUAUUGGCGGCUAACAAGAAACCAAAAACAUAAUGAAACUAUCAGGGAAGAAUUUUCAUUUGAAUAUGCGCCAAACAUUUCUUUAUGUUUGGCUAUUCUUAACUUACAUUCUGACCAUAAAACGUACACUAGUUUUUUAUUAGAUUGUUGCGAUGAAAUGAAGCAUCUUUUGCAACCCGUUAACGGAAAAAUAAAUCCUGAAGUGGAUCACGUUGUAAUCAUCAAAAUGAUACGUUCUCUCUUGAUUGCUGCAAAGGUUAAAUGCGCUAAAUUGGGCCUCAAUGCUGGAUUAGUACAUUGCGACAGAUUUUUGUCACAAGUAGAUCUUAUCACGAGUCUUGUGCAAUCUGAUUGUUUGCAUCUUAUACCAUCUGAUGAUUUACAUAAACGAAGAUUAAGGAAAUUAAGAGAUCUUCUAAUCGAAAAAGAACAAUGGACUAUUGCUUUGGAUGUAAGUACUAAGGCAGGGUUAGACACACAAGGUGUUUGGGCAACUUGGGGUAAAGCCUGUUUGAAAAUGGGAUAUUUUGAUCAAGCACGAGAUAAAUUUUUCCACUGUCUGGAUAAAGUACAGUAUGAAAACUUCGAUGACUGGGUCAUUUUAUCAUAUCCAAAGGAAUCAGAAAAUAUAAGAACAAGAGAAACUCAAACAUCAGUAACUAAAACUAAUAAAGAUGAGAAAAGCAAAAUAGAUGAGCUUAACUUAAAAAAAACAGAAUUCUCCAAAAAUCGUCCAUUGAAAGAUCCACCAUUACUGACAGAAAUUUUACAAAUAAUAGAUAAUUUAAACAUGUACAAACAAUAUGCGCAAUAUCCCCAUCAGUAUAAAUCUAGCGCCUCUCAGGAAAUAUUAAAUAAUUUUGGGAACUUCACACUGACAAGUCAAAGACAACCAAAUGUUAAAAAUACAUUUACAAUUAUACAAAACCUUUAUUACCAUGAAAGUCUUUAUUAUUUGCUAACUUAUGGAAGUUAUAAUUCAAUUUUAGAAUUUUUCUUAAAACAUGAAGAAUUUAACAAGUGUCUUACUUUUACCUUACAAAAUGAUUUAGAACCUGAUCUAUUUUUCAAUGCAGUUUAUUUAUACUGUUUAAAAAAUGGAACUGUUGAGAAACUUCAAGAAAGUAUGAUAAAUAAGGAACCAAGUUUAUUAAUCUGGAAGAAGUAUUUAAUAUAUGUCUGUCAUAGUUUAGAAAAAAAGCAAUAUUUAAAUAUUUUGUACCAACUGCAACUGUUUAUGAAAGACUCUGUGAGAGCAGCAAUGACAUGUAUACGUUUUUAUCUUCAAGAAAUAACUAGUUAUACAGAUUUAUGUGCCAGAACACAUUUUUUAAUCGACGCCCAAAGACAUUUAGAGUCCGAAUUACAACUUGAAACAUUGAAUAGGAAAAGAAAAAAAAGUACAAGUUCCAUGCAUAGCAAUCAAGGAAUUUUAACUAUGGAAAUGGAGCCUUCAGAAAUAGAUAAACAUAUAAAUACCAUCUGUAGACAGAUGGAAAUUACAAAAUUUCUAGCAAAUUGCGAAAAAGAAGGAAGAGCUCCCCUUCAGUUUUUGAACCUAUUUCCAGAUAAGGAUACUAACAGUUCUCAUAUUUUUGAAUUACCGACAUUAUUUGGUACUCAACAGCAGAAAAUCGAUUUAGCUGUUUUAGCCAUUCUUUGUGGACAUAAUAUUGAAGAAGGAUUUGGGAUAGCGUUUAGAAUAAUGCAAGAUUAUAAUUUACCGCGGCUAAAGAUAUAUUCUUUAGCUGGGCAUAUUUUGACAAUGAAAAACAACAUUCCUGCAAUUGAACAAUUAAUUAAGUGCUGUUACACUUCUGGGAUUCCAAAUUCACACAUUAUAUCAGAUUAUGUAUUGACACAUUGUGUCAAAUUGUUAUUGAAUCAUUUACACAAUGAACCAGAAUCAAUUCAAAAAAAUGAUAUUCAUAAUCUUAUUAGAUUAAUAACAGACAUAGAACUGAAGAUAAAUGCAUACAUUGAAUUCAAGCAAUUAAAAGCUGCAUAUCUAUUAGCUGUUAAGUAUUCAAGGGCACAAGAUGUAAGAAAAAUUUUAAAAGAAUCUGACAGACUUGGUCAAACUACUAUUAAAGCAAUAUGUAUGAAAUGGCUUCAACGAGAAGGAAAAUUGUAAUUACAGGAUCAAUUAUACAAUUUUGUACUUUAUGAAUAGUAUAUUUAUCUUAAUUUUAAAUGAUAUAAAAUUAAGUGAUAUAUUCUAAAGAUUCAAUAAAAUGUAAUCAUAAGAAGAUAUAAUGAUAGCUAAAAACUUUAUUGAAAUCAUUGAUAUGUAUAAUAAAUAACACUUGUGAAUAAUAUAAGUAAAAUCUAUAUCUUUUUAUAAUUUAUAAUAAUUAGUGUAUUUGUAUGUAAAUAUAAAAUGUCAACAAUUGUUAUUUGUAAAUAAAUAAAGGGGAAAUAUUUAAAAAAUGAAUAUCGAAAAAUAAUGUUGGAAUGUAUAUAUAAACCUCACAGAUUCAAUAUUAUUAAAUAUCACAAAUUUAAAGAC